AUGAGGGCGGAGCGCGGGCAGCUGCGGAAGAUGAGCAAAAAGCUGCCAAAUGGGCUGCUUAUCAUCAAUGUAAGCGCUUGGCGCAUCGCAACAACUACUAAUGGUAUAUCCACGAUCCCCUGUGAGAAAAACGAGCAUGGAGCCGGCUGGACUGUCAUUCUACGUCGCCAGGAUGGCAGUGUUAACUUUUAUAGGAACUGGAAUGACUAUAAAAAUGGAUUCGGCAAUCUGGAUGGAGAGUUCUUUCUGGGCUUGGAUAAGAUACAUACACUGACUGCCGAACAAAGUCAGCAGUUGCUUGUGCUACUCGAAGAUGCCAAUGGUGUAAAAAGCUACGAAAAGUAUGACAGGUUCGCAAUUGGCAAUGAGCAGCAGUCCUAUGAAUUGCACACGCUCGGAAGGGCUGCAGGAAGUGCGGGCGACUCACUCAGAAAACACUUUGGUCUCAAAUUUUCGACCUAUGACAGGCCAAAUGGUGUCGACCCUCGAAACUGUGCCAUCCUCUACACUGGCGCAUGGUGGUAUGAGAAAUGCCAUGAUAGCCACCUUACCGGAAAAUAUGGCGAUAACACCUCUGGAAAGGGCAUCAAUUGGUACACUUUUCGGGGUCAUACUCACUCACUGAAAUUCGCCGCCAUGAUGAUACGACCGGUGAAUAAAUGA